CCCUUUUGAAAAGAAAUGUACUAGUUGAAUUUUUUUUUAUAGGCUGGUUUUAAAGGUAUUUAUUCAUCAAUUUGUCAUGUAAUUAUAUGAGGUGAUAAUUCCUUUAUAUGGGUUCACAGUCAUGACGGCCCUCAGAGGGAAGCCAUAAUUACGAUGUGGCCCGUAACAAAAAUGAGAUUGACACGCUGGUUUAGAGGCUGUACUUUUGUACUUUUACUUUGUCAUGGCGUUGACUUAUCAGUCUUUUUUUUUUUGCACAAGUAUCUGUAUUGCGAACUUACUACAUAAGUACAGACUCGUGUGAGUAUGUACGUUUUCCACCUGUGUUUGGUUCACUGUGGUCCUUCCUUCCAGUCAUCCGGCCAACGUAUCACAUGUUCUUCUGGCGUACAUCGACCUGUAACUUUGUUUCCCGACUUGAGAAUGUGUUCCAGAAACUGGCUGCUGACCAACGUUGACCAGGAAUCUUAUUGUGAAAGGAACUCAUUUACAUGCUGGAUAGGAGGGGGAACGAGACGCAAGGGGCUGAGAGACCAAGUCAGUGGGUCAGCAGCGUGCUGCCUCUCCCCCCAUGAGUUGCGGACCUCCUUUUUACGGCGUGCGGACAGACGGACCGGACAGACGCCCCAGCGACUCCCCCUGCCUGCGGUGGUGUCUUCUGACGUUUCCAGAAACUGGGAUCCGCUGAAGGGAUUCAAAAGGAGGCAGCAAUGAUCAUCUGACCGCGGAUGUCAAGGAUGACCAGCUGAAUUGAUCAGACCGGACAGAUCCUCACUGAAAGGGUCAGCGCAACAUCGGCGCGAGCGGAGCCGCUCUGUUGGUUUCCUCCGUGAUGGACUACGGCGACGCCGGCGCUCAGGUCAGCCAGGAACAGCUCAUCUACGCCAUCACGGUCCCGCUGUCCGCCUCCAUCAUCCUGGCCAACCUGGUCAUCAUCUUGGGCAUCUUGUGCAACCGCAAGCUCCACAACACGCCCAACUACUUCUUCCUGAGCCUGCUCGUGGCCGACCUGUGCACGGGCGUGGCGCUCCCUUUCAUACCGCUGAUGGGACUCAACCGCGAGUUGAGCUUCAGCUCUUGCCUGGUGGCGCACAUUUUCCCAAACUUUCUCUUCCUGGCGUUUCUUCUCAACUUGGUGAUAGUCCACUACGAGCGUUACGUUUGUAUCGUGGAGCCCCUGCGCUACAGCAACUUGUGGAUGCAUCGAAGUUUCCCCCUGGCGUUGCUGUCGGUGUGGGCGCCCCCGCUUCUGUACGCGUCCCUGCCCGCUUUCGGUUGGAACAACUGGACCGGCCCGGAUUGGACCGGCUGUUGCGCACGUGGCCAAAAGUUGUCAAAUUGUUCGGCCAACGUCACCGUGUGCUGCUCGUACAGACGCGUGUUCCCCAACGCCUUCAUCUACCUGGAGGUCUACGGGCUGGUCCUGCCCGCCAUCCUCACCGUCGCCGCCAUGAUGGGCCACGUCCUGUGGAUCACGCGGGGGCAACUGAAAGACAUCUGCCGUCUCCAUCGUUCGGUGGAGCGCGGCCGGGCCUCGGACCGCGAGCAGCGGCUGAACGUGCGCUACGCUCGCUGCGUGGUGGCCGUGUCUCUGACCUUCCUGGCGUGCUGGGUUCCCUACCUCAUCUACAUGCACGUGUGCGUCGCCUUCUUGAUCAGCGACACCAAGUGGAACGCCAGCACGCACGUCGUGCUCUCGUGCACCGGCAUCGGGGGCAUGGCCGUGGUGCCGCUGGUGUUGGGCCUCGCCAACAGGCAGUACACGGAACCGGCGUACAAGCUGCACCGGAAACUUCGGGACAGGCUGAGGCAGAGGAUGCGGACGGCGGCCGAGUCCGCGGUCAGGGAAGAUGUCGAGUAGCUUUUGUUCAUUACAGCUGUAGAAAAAAAAAAGUCUAUUUAUCAAAGUAUUUGGUUUUAGGAUCAAAACAAUUGAAGAGUUCAAAUGCAAAAGCAGAAAUCUCCAUUUUUUUGUAUUUUUUUUUGCUGAGUAAAAUUAGUCGUUUUUUUUUUUUUUAUUUCUGAUUUCAAGGAGGUUCACUUGAGGGGAAAAAAAAAAAAAGCUCUCUCAUUUCAUCACAAAACUCCAAGAAACUAACUUUCAAAAUGUCAACAUUUUCACAUACCUAAAAAAAAAUAUCACAUUUGUAUGAGUUGCGUGUACAACUACCAACUUUUGAACGAAGGACCCUUGACCUCAUCUUAAAUGAAAUUGUGCAGCCAGUCAGUCGUCUUGUUGGUUGUUGCUGUCGUCAAGAUCGCGUGAACCCACUUGAUCGUGACCAACUUUGGCGGCGAGACUGUGGAGCUGAUCGCUAACGCUUAUCUCCACAAUUCCAUGAGUUUCAUGACAUCAUCUCUCUUGAUGUUUCACGUACGCAGAACUUAUCGGUUUUUCAUCUGAGUUGUUUGGUUUUGCAGCAUUAGGAACCCGCGACGUGGAACGAUGCAGCGAUCGGCCAAUUAAAAGCUCUGAUAUGAUUGUGAUGUAUGAUGUCUUUUUUUAAACAAAAUUUGUUUCCUUCCCCCCAAGGCAUCUUUUCCCCAGUAAAAGGUCUUAUAGUAUAAGAUUAAAGUCGGGUUUUUCACAUUCAUGUUAAAAUGUGAGGUUCUUCCCACAUUAAAACUAAUAUAAUAUGACUUUAGCUGGGAAAAAUAUAACUUUGUUCUUGUAAGAUUACAAGUUUUUAUCCCGACAAAAUAUGAAUUGAACAUAAUAUUACAUUUUUUUUUUCUCACAAAAAUAGGCAACUUUUUAAUUCCUACGGCAUUCAGGGCUCCACAUGCCCGUUUCUUUUGAUUGGCGUUACGAUUACGAGAAAUGUCUCCCCUGUAAGGGUUCCUUGGACCAAAAACGUUUGCAAACCGUUGCUGUACAUUUUUGGAUGCUUUUCAAUGACGAGACUAAGUAUGUUGCAGAGUUGUUGUUGUUUUUUUGUUUUUUUUGCAAACACUGACCUACUAGUAGUAUUAGUAGUAGUAGUAGUAGUAGUAGUACAGCUUGGACUGGUUGCCAAUGAAUGGCAGAGCAAUUUCGAAUGGGGCAUUGUUACAUUUCACGUAGGAAAACUGUGCUCAGAAGGACAAUUAGUCCUCACCUAAUGUAGUUGAAGCUCUGAAGUCCUGUUAUUUUGGCUGCACUUGAAAUGAUUGUAACCAGUUUCUGUCUACCUCCUGCCUGCAGUGUUUACUCCUACUUUCCCCCAGAAGUGUUUAUCUAUGUACUGGUAUGCAAGCUGAGGAGGAGAGAGGGAUGCAGUCCCUCAGGAGUCCAAUUCAUCUACAGUAGGAAGACACAAGGAAUAACAUUGGCCUGAGUUCCAUGAAGACAUGUAUGAAGAAGCCCACGGUUAAAUCAAUAAAAAAAAAAAGGCUCAUCUUAACUAGAAUAAAAAAAUGUUACCCUCACAUACUGCUCAAAUGUCACAAUAAGGACUGCAAACGUGUGCUUUGUCAAAAGAAAUCUGCAUUCAAUGAAAAAGAUGUUUGGAUCCAAAAGCAAAGGAAAUUAGAUGUUCAAAUAAAUGUGAAAUAUA